GCUUCAGAAUUCCGGUGUUACGGCGGAACUGUUAGUUGGAUGCACAUUCGUUUGUACUCACGUGGGUUACAUUUGGAAAGCUCUCUAGGUUUGAUUUUUAUAUCGUUUUCAUAUUCAGUUUUUAUUCAUUGUGCUUUAAUAAAACGGUUCAUUGGCUCCGGGUUUAAUGCGAUUUUGUUGUUUUAUUUAAAACAUCAAAUUUCAAAACUUGAGUAGCAACUCUUCGUGCAUGUGCUGGCUAUGGGUAGACUGAGAAAGAAAUUCAAUUGGAAAGGAAGACAGCAAUCUGACUCAAAGGCCGAGACAAACGAGGUGCGGAGCGAUGUGAUUGUGGAACUUGAAGAUGAAAUCCUGAAAGGUGUCAACGAGUGCAAUGCCCUAGUGCUUCCAGCCACCAAAACAAAGAAGAAGAAGGAUGUGGAGAAACAUGUCCCCAAGAAGCAGCCACUGACUAAGAAACAGAAGAAACAUCUACAGAAGGUCUUGGAGGUCAAGAAGAAAAAAGCUCAGCGUGAGGACAUUUUGGGCAAGCUGGCAGCGGUUCAGGCACCUGAAUCUGAGAUGAAGCUGCUUUAUACUACAUCUAAGUUGGGAACCGGAGACAAGCUGUACCAGGAAAAACAAUGUGUGGAGGAAACUCAGAAUGUGACAUCAGGGCUCCCGAAGAUCAGUAGUCUGACUGGUGUCAACCGGAAGAGGAAGUGGAGGGAGGAAGAGGAGGAGGAGGAGGUGGAAGGGAAAGAUAGAGAGAAGAGUGAAACCACUGACUUCUCUGAUAACAGUGAUGAAGAAGAGGAUGAGGCCAAGGAUAGAGCACAGGAAAACAGUGAGAUCCAUAAACCAGAGAUUCCUGCCGGUCCUUCCGCAGAGGGCACUGCAAAGGCAGUCCAAGGCCAGGCUGCCUCCAAUAACGUUCCUCCUAAACUGAUGCCCAAGAAGGAGCCAUCAGAACCUGCUGUGUUUGUGCCUGUUGAUAGACUGCCUGAGGUCCAGGAGUCCCGCUUAAAGCUGCCAGUGUUGGCAGAGGAACAAGUCAUUAUGGAGGCAGUCCGGGAGAACAUGUACGUGAUCCUGUGUGGGGAGACGGGCAGCGGGAAGACCACCCAGGUGCCCCAGUUCCUCUAUGAGGCUGGAUACGCCAGCGGAGACGGUAUCAUCGGUAUCACGGAGCCCAGGCGUGUGGCAGCAGUCAGCAUGUCCCAGAGAGUUGCCACGGAGAUGAACCUGUCCUCACGUGUGGUGUCGUACCAGAUCAGGUAUGAAGGGAAUGUGACAAGUGACACCAAAAUUAAGUUUAUGACUGAUGGUGUACUGCUGAAGGAGAUUCAAAAGGAUUUCCUGCUACGGAAGUACAAAGUCAUCAUAAUUGACGAAGCCCAUGAACGGAGUGUGUACACAGAUAUUCUGAUUGGUCUGCUUUCACGUAUCGUGCCACUGCGCAACAAGAAAGGACGUCCCAUGAAACUGAUAGUCAUGUCAGCCACGCUCCGUGUCGAGGAUUUCACAGAAAACCGGAAGCUGUUCUCCACCCCUCCUCCUGUGAUCAAGGUGGAUGCACGGCAGUUUCCUGUCACCAUUCACUUCAAUAAGCGCACAGUCAUGGAAGAUUACAUGGGGGAGGCCUUCCGGAAGACCUGCAAAAUCCACCGUAUGCUCCCCCCAGGUGGGAUUCUGGUGUUCCUCACAGGUCAGGCUGAGGUCCAUUCUGUCUGCAGAAGGCUGAGGAAAGCAUUCCCUUAUCGGCCCAACCACACUGGGUCAGAUCAAAGAGAUGGGAUGAGGGACAGACAAUUCAAGAAGACCAACCAGAAAAAGCCAGCGUGCCUGCCUUGCAUCGACCUCGACAAUUACUCUGCACUGCCAGUGGAUGAGGGAGAUGAGGACCGCCUGGCUGGAAUUGGGGAUGAGGAGGAGGGGUCUGAUUUGGACCUGGAACUGGGAGAUGAUCCACAUGACUCAGAGGAGAAGGGGGACCCUGCACUACCUCUGUUUGUUCUCCCUCUCUACUCACUCCUGGCUCCCGAGCGACAGGCCAAGGUGUUCCAGCCAGCGCCUGUGGGUACCCGCUUGUGUGUGGUGGCCACCAAUGUGGCGGAGACCUCUCUAACCAUCCCGGGCAUCAAGUAUGUGGUGGACUGUGGCCGCGUCAAGAAGCGCUUCUAUGACCGCGUCACCGGCAUCUCCUCUUUCAAAGUGACCUGGACAUCUCAGGCCUCAGCCAAUCAGAGAGCAGGGAGGGCCGGGCGUACAGAACCUGGCCACUGCUAUAGGUUGUAUUCCUCUGCAGUUUUUUCUGAUUUUGAGGAAUUCUCAGAGGCAGAAAUCACACGACGGCCCGUGGAUGAUCUUGUCCUACAGAUGAAAGAUCUUAAAAUUGAAAAGGUGGUGAACUUCCCGUUCCCCACAGCACCCUCACUAGAGGCCCUCGUAGCGGCAGAGCAUCUGCUGGUGUCCCUGGGAGCGCUGGAAGGGCCGCGGCAUGGCGGCCGGAUGAAGGAGAUGGAGCGGGCACGGCUGAGCUGUCCCAUUACCCCUCUGGGCCAAGCCAUGGCUGCCUUCCCUGUAGCCCCACGCUUCGCCAAAAUGUUGGCCCUGGGGAGGCAGCAGGCCUGCCUGCCCUACGUCAUCACCAUCGUUGCAGCCAUGACCAUCCGGGAGCUUUUCGAGGAACUAGACAGACCUGCAGGCAGUGAAGAGGACAACUCCCAGCUGGCACAGAGACGCCUGCGUCUUGCCCAGAUGAGGAGGCUGUGGGCUGGAGAGGGGGCGUCCUCUUUACUGGGGGACCUCAUGGUGAUGCUGGGAGCCGUGGGAGCCUGUGAGUAUGCUGGCUGCACCCCGAAGUUCUGUCAGGAUAACGGGCUGCGCUACAAAGCUAUGGUGGAGAUACGCCGACUGAGAGGGCAGCUCACAACCGCAGUAAAUUCUAUAGACCCAGAAGCAAAGGUGUUCCUCGAUGCCAAAAUGGCGCCCCCUACAGAGAGCCAGGUGGUGUGCCUGCGCCAGAUUGUUUUGGCAGGACUAGGUGACCACCUUGCACGCCGGGUGCAAGCAGAAGAAUUGCUGGAUCCCAAAUGGCGCAAUGGCUACAAGACACCUCUUCUUGAUGGCCCAGUGUUCAUACACCCCAACUCGACCCUCUUCAAGAAACUGCCACAGUAUGUGGUGUACCAGGAAGUUCUGGAGACAUCCAAGAUGUAUAUGAGAGGUGUGUCAGCAGUGGAGGAGGAGUGGAUCCCCCAGAUACUGCCCCAAUACUCCCAUUUCGAGGCACCUUUGGAGACGCCACCGCCGCGAUUCUGCUCAGAAAGCGGCCGAGUGAAGUGUCACUGCAAGAGCACCUUCUUCCGUGUUGGCUGGCAGCUUCCUCCAGUGGAAAUUGAUUACCCAGAAGGGCUGGAUCGCUAUAAGCUCUUUGCCAAGUUCCUGCUUGAAGGAAAGGUGUGGCCACAGCUGGGCAGCUAUACCAGCUGCCUCCUCUCCAGUCCCUCCAUCAUGAUGAAAACCUGGGCCAAAUUGCAGCCCCGUACUGAAGCCUUAAUUGGGGCUCUGGUAUCAGAGAAGGCAGACUGUCGAGAGGCCCUGCUCUCAGCCUGGAAGAAAGACCGUACGUAUUUGUUGUCCGCUUACUGCCAGUGGCUCCCUGAGGCUUUGCACGAGAAGAUAUCCAAGAGCUGGCCGCCUGUCUGAACUGGACAGGUGGUAUCCAGAUUGACAUCACAGUCUGUCCACCUCCACGACCUCCACAGUGCUGCCGCUCUCAUCUUCUUCUCAGUCAGAUAUUAGGAACUCUUGAAGUUUCUGUUGAACUGUGUUAUUAUGAAGAAUGUGGAGCAGUGGGGUAGAAUUUAUUUUUGAGGACAGCUUAGGCCAGUCCUACUGUUGUAACAGAAUGAUUAAUUGUGCUUGAGAGUAGCACCUUUUGUGUACAUCUGGUCUUUAUGAGACUUUUAUUUAUGUGCAUAUAUUUUAACAGAAAUGUGUAUUCAUUUCAUUUGUCAUGUUUUACUUUUGAGUUCUGUGAAUGUAGUACUAUGCAAAAAAGCAUAUUUGGAGACAUUUAUAUUAUAUGAAAUAUGAUACUUUAUAAUAGUCUUAUUCAGGUGAUGUCAGUUUUCAUCCAAGAAAAACUAUAUUCCAUAUAUGAAAAUGUAUUGUACGUUUGUCACAAUCAAUAAAGAUCUUCAGGUACAAAAAGUAA